CGGGUUCAGCGGGUCUUGUUACGCUCAAAAUACUAAGAGAAACGGACCAAUUCAAGCAGGGUGGUUGGGAGAUACUGGCAUUCGAGCAAAGAGAGAGCUUGGGUGGAAUAUGGCGGAGGUGGUACUUCAAUACUUGGAGGAAUAUGCAAAGGUCUUUGACCUGCUUCCUCACAUCCAGUUCUCCACUCGAGUUGUGCGAGUGGAGCGAUCGACCACUGAAGGGAGGGCGACCUGGGUGGUGACCACCGAGAAAUCUGACACGAGUAGUGCCUCUGGGGUGAAGAGGGAGACACUUUCAAAUGUCCAUGCAAUAUUUUCGGCAAAUGGAAGACAUGGUCGACCAGUUUUCCCUUCUUCGAUUCCAGGUUUGGACUCCUGGGUAUCCAAAGGGAAGGCCUCCCAUUCCAUGUUUUAUCGCGAGCCACAUAGCUAUCGGAACAAAACCAUAGUAGUUGUAGGAAACGGCCCUUCUGCACUGGACCUUGCACCAGAGAUAGCAGACGUAGCGAAAAUGGUGUAUCGAUCCGUCCGGAACAAGGCCUCUGGUUCGAUCGAUGCUCGUGAUCGACCUGCUAACGAAAGUUCGGUUACAGCAGUGACGGAGAAGCUAAAAAUAUGCACAGCAAUUCGAUCACUCGAUGACCCGGAGGCGGGCAUCAUCUCCCUAGUGGAUGGAACAAAGUUGUCCGGAGUCGAUCACGUGCUCUUCGCAACAGGAUACGAAUUCUGGAGCCCCUUCUUUGCAGAAGAUGUGCUACGAGAGAGUCGAAAUGAAAAGAUAGAGCCCAAAGAGGGGCUGUUUAAUACAGGGCAGAGUGUAAUCCCAACCUCAAAACACCUAAUACCCCUAUCGCCUUCCAUUCCUAUCGGCAGUUGGUUCAUACUGGGACUCCCUCGUCCUGUCGUCCCGUUUCCUUUGGUCGAAGCACAGUGUCUACUUGCAUCCGCUAUUCUGACAGGCAAGGUACAUUUGGAUUUCGACACGGAGAUGGAAGAAUUCGAGGAAUUAUGGGAGAAAUUAAAGGAGAAAUUUGACGGCGACCCGAGUAUGAUGUCGAGCGAAUGGCACAAACUGCCCGAAGAAAAGCAGUUUGACUACCGUUGCGACCUCGUAAACAUUUCUGGAGGCGACGUCGACGCGAUGGUCCCUCGCUGGCAAAGGUCCAUAUAUGCCGCUAAGCGAGAGUUGAAGGCGGCUUGGAACGCCAUUGACAAGCAAGGGAAGGCAGAGGAGAAGGUGUCGGGGGUUGGCGAAGGAGGUGAGCAAGAAUGGGUGGGGUUAAUGUUUGAUAUUUUGCGGGAGUAUGGCAAGAGUAGUAGCAGGGGACAAGCAGACUUACGAUUCUUUCGCGCACCAGGAAUAAACACUGCAGCACUGGAAAGGGGAUGCUUUAUCCUUGGUGCCAUGUCUUGGAGUAGAUCUUGA